AUGCUUUCAUCUGUCCUCCAUCCCGUCACACCGAACUGUUAUUGUGUGAAACCCAGAGCUAAAGUGACAGUCGUCGGUAGUGGUUCUGUUGGCAUGGCAUGUAUUAUUGCUUUUAAUGUUAUUGUUUGGGAAUGUGUAAAUGAGCUAUGUCUUAUUGAUGUGAUGACCGAGAAAGUAAAAGGGGAAGUGAUGGAUCUUGAACAAGGUCAACAAUUUCUCAACAACUGCAAGAUACGAGGGGGUAGCGAUCAUGCUCUUUCUGCUGGCUCUGAUGUAAUUGUCAUUACUGCUGGUGUUAGACAGCAACCUGGAGAAUCACGCUUAAAUUUAGUCCAACGAAACACUGAUAUUUACAAAGAUCUCAUUCCAAGCCUAGUGAAGCACAGUCCUGACGCGGUGCUGCUCGUCGUGUCGAAUCCCGUUGACAUUAUGACUUACGUCACCUGGAAGCUAAGUGGAUUUCCUCGUAAUCGCGUACUUGGCAGUGGAACCACUCUGGAUUCCGCCAGAUUCCGAUUUUUCCUUGCUCAGAGAUUCGGUGUUGAUCCUCAAUCCGUGCAUGGAAUUAUAAUCGGUGAGCACGGUGACUCCUCAGUUGCUGUCUGGAGUAAGGUAACCGUCGGAGGCUGCAAUUUAUACUCUAUUAACCCCGCUGUCGGAACUGACAGCGAUAUAGAGAAUUUUGGUCAAGUACACAAAGACACCGUGGGAGCAGCCUAUGAAAUAAUUAACCGCAAGGGUUAUACUGCAUGGGCCAUUGGUGUUUCAACCUGGAAGAUCGUGGACCUCAUACUAAAUAACAAAAAUGCAGUCAUUCCUGUCACGACUGCCGUAAAGGGCCUAUAUGGAAUAACCGACGAUGCAUUUCUCAGCCUCCCAUGCGUCGUAGGCGCCACAGGAAUUGCGAGCGUAGUCAAUAUCCCUCUAGAUGACGCAGAAAUUACCUCCUUGCAAAAAAGUGCCCAAUUACUUCGGGAAACGACCGAUGGAAUUAACUGGUAA